UCCCCAUAACCACACAGUGCCCCUUUAAAGUGAAUCAGCAGGAGCAGUGUGGAUCUCCCUGCAGGACACCAUGGCAAUCCCCUCCUUUGUCUGUCUCUGGUCUCUAGCGUUCUUAUCCUCAGCUGUCUCCAGCAGAGAAGCACGUAUGAAUCAUGCUGGAAUUCAGCUGGAGGUCACAGCCCUUAGAAUGGCAUACUGGCUUUUACAUCUGCAUGUGUACACACACGCGCGCAGACUGCUUCAGAGUCUCUGUGGUGGGAAAGAAGCAAAGGAAAAUGGAUGGUGGAGAGGGUUAAAAAGGAUGCCCAUAAUCAUAAUCAUGACUGUGAUGAUGGAGCACGGGAAGUUUCCCCCUGAUAUUCCAACUUGUAUCGCUUCGGGCAGCGCCGAUCCAUCACUGACAGCAUCUUCUCCGGUCGUAGUCCGGUGAAGUCACGUCCAGGACGUCCUGCGUAGCCUGGGGAAUGACAUAAAUCAUAACCUAAAUGGGGGAGUCACCUUGUGUGAGGGGAGAGGCUGGACUCAUGUGGGCUCAUUUUGUGGCUAACAAUAGCCACAUACUACUAGUCUGAUUAAUGCCCACGGAGAGGAGACUCAUCCACCUAAGUAACAGCUAUAAAUCUUCCCGUCCUAUAUUCUCGGGUGGCAAACACUCAUGGGUUCAUCUUCCCGCCGAACCAAUUCACGGCCAGAGGUUUCAAACCGGCGCAUGCAAAUCUGAGGAAUAUGACGAUCGAAAGAUUGAUUUUGUGUCUGCCACGUGUGUCGGGUGGAGAGAUUAAUGGGAGCCCGGGUCAGCUCAUCUCAAUAGAUGGGUUCGCCUUGAGAUGCGUGGCACCGUCGAGAGAGCACACACGGUGUUUUCCGUGCAGAACCAGAUGUGUGACAUGAUGAAGGAAAUCGACAAGGAGAGGGACAUGUGUGAGGCUCAGAUCGAGAACAAAACAACAGGUUGCAGUGGGACGUGGGACAAGAUCACCUGCUGGCCCAGCGCCGACGUCGGACAGGUGGUCACCAUCCCCUGCCCCAAAUACCUCUUCUACUUCUCAGGGGACGCUCCCACUCGUAACCUGUCAAAGACCUGCACUGAGGAUGGCUGGAGCUCAAUCAGCAUAGACUCCUACAUAAUGGACUGUGGAUACAAUCCCAACAGCACCAUGGAUGAUAAUACGGGAGAAUUCUUCGACGCCAUCAAAGUUGGUUACACCAUUGGUCACAGCGUGUCACUCAUUUCUCUGACCGUCGCCAUCAUCAUACUGUGUCUCUUUCGAAAACUCCACUGCACGAGAAACUACAUCCACAUGCAUCUGUUUGUGUCUUUCAUACUGAAAGCCGUGGCUGUUUUCAUCAAGGAUGUGGUUCUGUAUGACGUCGGCGAGACGGACAAUUGCCAGUCAUCUGUGGGCUGCAAGGCGGUGGUGGUCUUCUUCCAGUACGGCAUCAUGGCGAGUUACUUCUGGCUGCUGGUGGAGGGCCUCUACCUCCACACUCUGUUAGCUGUGUCCUUCUUCUCUGAGAGGAAGUACUUCUGGUGGUACAUCCUGAUUGGUUGGGGGGCUCCAACCAUCUUUAUCUCGGCGUGGGUGGCUACAAAGGCUUAUUUAAAUGAUCUUGGAUGCUGGGAGAUAAUCGAUGAUAAUCCCUGGUGGAUCAUCAAAACACCUAUUUUGGUCACCAUACUUGUGAACUUUUUCCUCUUCAUCUGUAUAAUCCGCAUUUUGCGACAGAAGAUGAAUUGCCCCGACAUCGGAAGAAAGGAAUCCAAUCAGUACUCGAGACUGGCUAAGUCCACUCUGCUGUUGAUACCUCUCUUUGGCAUAAAUUACAUCAUUUUUGCCUUCAUCCCUGACCACAUCCACCCGCAAGUGAGGAUGGUGUUCGAUCUCAUUCUCGGGUCAUUUCAGGGUUUUGUUGUCGCAGUCCUGUACUGCUUCCUAAAUGGAGAGGUACAGGCGGAGAUUAAACGUAAGUGGCGCAGAUGGAUGCUGCAGAGGUUCCUGGGUGCUGACACUAAGUACCAGCAGCCCUCCAUAGGCAGCAACGGCAACAACUUCAGCACCCAGAUCACCAUGUUGACCAAAUGCAGUCCGUCAACCCGGCGAGCGUCCGAGUGUCAGGAGCACCUCUCCGCCAUCUGAAACCCAUCUGAAGUGAACUCCCCUGUUUGUUUUAAUCAUUAGAUAUUAAAUGCAUGGCUCACAUGCUGUCACGACGCAGAUGAUGUUAGUUACUGAGGGUCAACCCGACAUUUAAGUACUGGAGCUAAUAUUCAUUGUAACUUUAUCGGCUACCUGUCAAACGUGACAAGCGAUCGGUGUUUUUCUUGCCAGAGCAGACAGGCAAAAUAAACCACCGUGAACACACAGCACCUGUUUAGUGAAUGGGUUCAAGCGUUAAGUUAACAUGGAGAAUUAAUGUACACAGAACACAACAAAGAAGUUGUGACUUUCACACAGUGACGCUUUGAUCAGCGAGGAACCUCCGCACCGACUGAUAUUUACAUAAAGGCAAACGUUGCCAAAAUAGGCAAACAAAUUAGUUCUCGCAGCGGCUUAACACGUUGCUGAGAUGACACGAUGAGUCUACUACCUGAACCGGCUGCCAGGAACAUUACACUACAGAACACUACACUGCAGGGAGGAGACAGAUUCAUGACCACUAUGUGAAUAAAAGGGAAUUGGAGCUCUUAGCCAGCGUUUUCCAUCAGAUGUUUAGCAAUAGAUGGAUAGAGCCAGAGACGAGUCGCGUCCUGUAAGCGGCAAGAUGUUUAUUAAAAGGGCGUGUUACACAAGAGGACUCCGAGCACUUAACCUAAUGGCCCCUGUUGCUCAGGGGACCAGCGGUAAGAACAUUAAUGACAUUGUCAGGCUGUCAUGUACAGUAGUCACAGAGGAGGAAUCUAUAGCAUAACCAACAUACUGGACCUUCCAAUCCUGUCUAUGACAGCUUUAUAUGGGGCAUACACUCCGCUGAAUUACUGCCGGCGAACAUUCCAGAGGAGACACUAAAGCUCCCGCUUGUGAAAUUUAUCUAAGAUUACAGAGGCUUUUAGUUUGCUCUGAGUGCACAGUCGCUCUGAGGACUUUCAUUUUUACUAUUUCUGCAGCUAGACCAGAUGUAUUCCAUUAUUAGUCCACGGUACACAGCAUGUGAAUAAAUAUGCGGCAACAGUGAUUAACUUCCAUUAACUGGAUUGCAUGGAUGGUUUAUUUCAUUGCGUCGAUUAGUUAGUUUUCUACUCUGUUCUAUUCUAUUCCGUAUUUAGAGGUUUUAUGAAUAUGUGUAUAGUAUUAUGCUGUUUGUUAGCCAUGAAAGUCGUAUGGCACAUGUCAACCUGUUGGCCCACCACUUUGGUCCAGGCUGAAAUGUCUCAGCAACUACUGGAUGGAUUGUUCACCCGGAAAAAAAAAACUACAGUUCAGUCAGUAUGGACUCAACCUCACGUGAAUGGAAAAAUGGAAUACGUUUUGUAGUCCACUGCACAUUUCUGGAGUUUAGAGCAAAACAGCAUUGCAGAAUCCCAAUAAAAAAACUGAAGUAACUGGGGACUUGUUUUAGGACAAAGAGGACAAUUGAAAAAAUAAGCUAUGCCAUAAACUGGCUCAGUACAGCUCAUCCAGCUUAACCCAAGACUCAGAAAGACCCAAGAUGCCAAAAUGAUAUAAAAAAGAGAUCAUUUACACCCGUGAUGCACAGUUGAGCCUGUGCACCCACUUCAGACAUGUUAACGCUUAUAGCUUGGAAGCUAUAAUGAAGAUUCAGUCCUAAAAAAGGAUAAAAAUAACUUAAUAUGGGAUCUCGGGGCUUCUCGAGAUUUGGAUUACACCAGACAAGCUACACAGAGCCAUUUUAUCUUUUUGUUAUCUUUUUUAUUUUAAAAGAAGUCCCCAUCUACUUCAGUUCUUUAGGAGAAUGCUGCAACCAUGUUCUGCUGUGACGCUCCAGAAGUGUUUGGUGGACUACACAACUUCAUCCGGCUUUCCACCAUAGAUAAGGACUGAAUUUUCAUUUUUGGGUGAAAGGUUCCAUUAAGGAUUUUGAUGAUCCCUUGACUUUUCCUCUAGCACCACCAUGAGGUUGACAUUUGUGGUUUUUAGGAAAAUGUCUCAACAACUACUGGAUACACUGCUGCAAAAUUUAGUUCAGACGUCAACAUUCCAAACCCAGAUAAAAACUACAGCUUAUUUUUAUGAAUAAGUAACUAAGUAAAUGCGAAACUGAUGACAUUCCUGUGAGCCUCAGCUUUACCUUAUGUUUCACACUAAUUAGCAAGUGCUAGCAUGCUAGCAGGCUAAGAUAAGAUGGCGAUCACCUUCUUCAUGCUCGUUAUCCUUAAUGGCUACCCUUAUCCGUUAACCUUCAUCAUCAUGUAAGCACUGUUAUUGUGGUUCAGUCACAUAGAUGCUAGCCUGGCUGUAGAUUCAUCAAACUAAAUGCCACCAUGUAUGAUGAUUGUUACUAUUUGUCUAAUAAUGCUUUCAAAUUCUUAUUUUUAAAAAAAGACGUCAAUAUGUACGGGCAGCAACAGUGUCACAUGUCACGUUGGAAUUUGAUGUUUACUUUAGUUCCACUUCUUGUUGUAUCAGUGUGUGUAAACUUGAAACUGAACUGACCUUGCUGAAAGUACCUCAGACUAAUUGUCACACGCAGCUGUUGUAUAUAAUGUGAGACUGUAGAUACAGCUGAGGAAUUGGUCCGUGAUGUGGUGAUGACAGAUUGUGCUCAGGUGUCAACUGGAAAUCAGUGUUUACAUUCAAACUGUACGUUCCUCACUCAUGCUCUUUGCGUAAUGUCGAUGAAGUGUCUCUUAUUUGUUGCCAUGUAAAGUUUGUGUAAAUAGGGCGUACUGUACAGUAUGUGUGGAAUCAGCUGUAAAGAUGUUAUUGAACAAAAUGUGAUGAGAUGAAGAUGAAUAAAGCCAUUUGCACUGUG